AGGAUCAGUAGGGGGAAGGUUACAAUAGAAAAACUUUUAGAAACUUUAGUGACUGGAAAUCCAGAUUCACUUUGCAAGAAUAACAAUCACAACACACAAACCAAAGAUCUUGAGGCAGGAAAAGAGUGUGAAGAUGGACGACGCAAACCAGUUAAAAGAUGAGGGAAAUAAACAUUUUCAGGCAGGUGAAAUUGAAAAGGCCAUCGAAUGCUACACCAAUGCCAUCAAGGUUUGCAAGGACAAAACAUUGCUGGCUGUCAUUUACAGGAACCGAUCUGCAUGCUUUCUCAAAAAGGAAAGUUAUGCCAAUGCAGCCUCAGAUGCAUCAAAAGCGAUUGAUGUGGAUGCAGCGGACAUUAAAGCCUUGUACCGUCGCUGUCAAGCUCUGGAGAAACUUGGAAAACUGGAUAUGGCCUUUAAAGAUGUGCAGAGAUGUGCCACUCUUGAACCAAAAAAUAAGACAUUCCUGGAAACUCUCCGCAGGCUUGGAGCAGAAAUUCAGGCAAAGCUCAAGACAACAUUUUCCACAGAUUCCAGGGUGCAGAACAUGUUCGACAUUCUCUUCGAUGAAGAAAUGGACAAAGAUAAGAAGGAGAAAGCUGCCAACAACUUAAUUGUGUUGUCAAGAGAAGAUGCUGGAGCUGAGAGAAUCUUCCAGAAUAAUGGAGUACCUCUGCUGCUCAACAUGAUAGACACAGGAAAACCAGAAAUGAUCGUGGCUGCUGUGCGUACUCUGUCAGGAAUGUGCACAGGACACAAAGCUCGGGCCAUGGCCAUUGUUAACAUGGUCGGUGUUGAUAAGAUUUGCAGCAUCAUGGCUCUUGAUAAUGAAGAAAUUGCUUUGGCGACAUCCAACCUCUUCCAGUGCAUCAACGACUCCCUCACUGGUGCAGACACAAGGGAGUAUGGGAAAGAGGCAGCCUUGGUUUUAGAUGCAGCUAAAGAUCUAAAGACUAUUCUUCUUGCUCUACUGGAGAUGAUUGCCAAUAAGAAUGUGUCUGGUUAUGGCAGAGAUCAGGCACUGAACCUCUUAUCUAAGAAUGUACCUCGCAGUAACAAAAAAAACCCUGACUACUCACGGACGCUCUUCACCAUUGAUCACGGUCUCAAGAAGAUUCUCAAGGUUUGUGGCCAAGUUCCUGAGCUACCAGACCAGUUGCCUUUAACAGAGAACUCCCAGAUGAUUGCAAGUGUGCUUCUCAACAAGUUAUAUGAUGACCUCACAUGUGACCCAGAAAGAGAUAAUUUCAGGGAAAUUUGUGAUCAAUAUAUCAAAUCCAAAAUAGACCCCAACAAUAUGGACAAGACACUCCAUGCUGUCAACACCAUCUCAGGGCUGCUGCAGGGUCCCUUUGAUGUUGGAAAUGCUCUGGUGGGGCAUCAAGGCGUUAUGGAGAUGAUGGUCGCACUGUGUGGCUCUGAACGGGAGGUGGACCAGAUGGUUGCAGUGGAGGCACUCAUCCAUUCCUCCACGAAGAUGAGCCGGGCCAGUUUCAUCAUCACCAACGGCGUUUCCCUGCUCAAGGACAUCUACAAGAAGACCACUAAUGAAAAGAUUAAAAUCCGUGCGCUGGUGGGUCUCUGUAAACUGGGCUCAGCUGGAGGUGACGACUACAGCUUGAGGCAGUUUGCUGAAGGCUCAACAGAGAAAUUGGCCAAGCAGUGCAGAAAGUGGCUUUGUAAUCCAAAGAUUGAUGCCAAAACAAGAAAGUGGGCUAUUGAAGGUCUUGCUUAUCUGACAAAUGAUGCUGAUGUGAAAGAUGACUUUGUGGAGGAUGAGCUAGCUUUAAAAGCCAUGUUUGACCUGGCUAAGUCCACAGAUAAGACGAUUAUUUAUGCAGUUGCCUGCACUCUAGUCAACUGCACUAACAGCUAUGAAAAGAAGGAAAUCCUCCCCGAGCUGGUUCAACUGGCCAAGUUUUCCAAACAGCAUGUCCCUGAGCAACAUCCCAAGGACAAGAAGGAUUUCAUAGAAAAGAGAGUGAAAAGGCUGCUGAAGGCUGGGGUCAUUUCAGCACUAGCAGUCAUGGUCAAAGCGGACAGCUCUAUCUUGACUGACAAGACGAAGGAGAUGCUGGCAAGGGUUUUCUUGGCAUUGUCAGCUGAUCCAAAAGACCGUGGGAUUAUUGUUGCCCAAGGUGGAGGAAAGGCUUUGAUACCACUUGCUCUUGAAGGAACAGAUGCUGGAAAAGGAAAAGCCUGCCACGCCCUUGCUAAGAUAGCAGCUGUCUCUAACCCAACGAUCGCCUUCCCUGGGGAAAGGGUGUAUGAGGUGGUGCGGCCUUUAGUUAGCCUCCUUCACACGGACAAGGAAGGCGCUCAGAACUAUGAGGCUCUGAGAGGUCUCACCAACUUGGCUGCCUAUAGCGAAAAAUUAAGGUCAAAGAUUGUGAAGGAAAAAGCUCUACCGGAGAUCGAGAACCUCAUGUUUGAGGAGAACGAGAAGAUCAGAUUGGCUGCAACUGAAUGCAUGUGUAACCUUGUGACGUCCAAAGAGGUUCAAGAGCGUUACUUGGAAGAUGGCAAUGAUAAGCUGAAGCUGCUGGUGUUGCUUUGUGGAGAAGAUGAUGACAAAAUUCAGAUAGCAGCAGCUGGAGCUCUGGCCAUGAUCACUGCUGCUCAGAAGAAGCUGUGCACUAAAAUGACUCUGGUGACUGUCCAGUGGCUUGAGAUCCUGCAGAGGUUGUGUCUUCACUCCAACCCAAAGAUCCAGCAUCGUGGUCUGGUGAUUGUUUACAACAUGCUAGACUCGGACAACAAUGAGCUAGCCAAGAAACUGAUCGAGAGCGAGUUGCUGGAAAUCCUCACUGUGAUUGGGAAGGCAGAGGAUAAUCCAAAGCGGCAGGAUCCCAUUGAUGCGGCGCGCACAUGCCUCGUCAAAGCUAUGGAUCUCGGUCUCAUCAAACCCUUUUCCACCCCUUCAUAAAAAGAGACAAGUCAAAUAAUGCCAGAGGACUUUCUUGUAUUCAUUUCCUCUGUUGAAAAGAGGCCUUUUUCUAAAAACUUUCAAACAAACAAAAAAGAUGUAUUUCAGAAACAUAAAUUUGACUGCUGAUAUUUUUUUAAUGAUGCUUGAGAAUUGAGACCGAUACUUUUAAAAUUUUUCCCAAUGUGACAAAAAAUGAUUAGCGGUAGUUUAAUUUAGCAGAGAGUGUUUUGGUUUGCCCUGAAUUUUAACUUUGCUUUAUUUUUUUGUUACUUUAUAUACAGUUGUUUUUAUUUAAAAUAUAUUUGUAUGGCUACAAAUCAAGUGACAUUCAGAUCUUUUGUUUUGUAUCAAAAGUUGUACUAUUAAAUCAAGACUCUACCUAUCAAA